CCCCCUCUCCAAUCUUUCAUCCCUGCGCUCUCAUAGGUUAUUGGCAAAGGUGUCGGGAGAACCGGGGGCUUUAUAAGCAUCCCCCGUGUUCCCUCGAUCCCUCUGCCUGUGUCUUUUUUCUUCGCUUCUUUGUUGUUUCCACCAGCUCGCACCAAAAUGCCCAGCAAGAGGAAGAAGAACAAGCGCCGCAUGAGGAGGGUGCAAGCCCAGAGGAGAGCCCUCGAAGAGCAAUAUGCAGGCCAGCCACCAGUCAAGGCAAGCCCGGGGAUCGCAGUCAGUGCGCCCCCUGCAGCAAAGCCAGCGGCUAAAGCGCCGACACCAGUUCCAGUGAAGAUCCCAGUGGCCGUUCCAGUGAAGAUCCCAGUGGCUGUUCCCGUCGCCGUUCCAGUGGAGAUCCCAGUGGCCGUUCCCAUCCCCGCACCUGUUGUGGAGAUCCCCAAAGAAGAACCAGUUGUGCAAGAACCCGUCGCAGAGCCCGUCCCAGUCCGAGUAGCGACACCAGAGCCUGAGGUCGUGGUGUUGGAACAGACUCCAGAAGUCCCGGUGGAAGUGCCGGCGCCGGUCAUCGAAGAAGCGCCAGUCGUCGAGACUAUCACAGUUGAGCCUUCCGAAGUCGCAGCUGACGUUGUUUGUGAAGCUGAACCCAUCAUUCCUGAAACAGAACCAGUAACUGAGGUUACACCCACAGCUGAGGCUCCAGAGGCAGCUCUAGCAGAGGCUGAGCUGCAGUCGGUUGAAGCCACAGUCGUAACCACAGAAACUGUAGAGACGCAUGAUGUCUGCGAGACUGAAACAGAGGCUGCGCCCGUGGCAGAGGAAGUCUCAGUCGAAGUGGCCGUCACAGAAGAAACCACCUCGUUAGAGCCCGUAAUGGAAGCUCCAGUGGAGCUCGUGGUAGAAGCACAAACUGAAGCCGUGGAGGAAAUCGCAGAGGCACCUGAACAGAUGACUGAAGCUGUCGUCAGUCCUGCAGCUGAGGACGACGCUGAAGUAGAAGUGUUGGCUGAAGAAGAGGCACCUGAAGAACUUGCUGAGCCCGUUACACUCGCAGAGGAUGUUCCUGCAUCGGUGGAAAUCCCAAUGGUUCCAGCCGCCAUGCCUGAGGCUCUGGUGGAAGAAACUCUCGUAGCUGAAGUCAUUGAGGCGCCUGCUGACACAUUUGUUGAUGACUUUGUUGUCACAAACUCUGCCAUCGAAGUGGAGGUCGCCAUUGCCGAGUCCGUCGCUGCCCAGGAGUUUGAGUCAAUUGAUGCUACACCCGCACCAACAGAGACCGAACAGGAAAUUGUGGCUGUGAUUGAUGCCCCCUGCGCCCUGGCGGAGCCUAUGGAUGUGACCCCCGCUGAGGUUGAGCUUAAACCCGAGGUUGAGCUUAAACCCGAGGUUGAGCUUAAACCCGAGGUUGAGUUUAUACCCGAGGUUGAGGUUGAACUCGAGGUUGAGGUUGAACUCAAGCCUGAGCCUGUUCUUGAGCCCGAGCCUGUUCUUGAGCUUGCAGUUGAGCCUGAGCUUGCUGCGGCCCCUGAGCUUACAGUUGAGCCUGAGCUUGCUGCGGCCCCUGAGCUUGCAGUUGAGCCUGAGCUUGCUGCUGCCCCUGUAUUGGAAAUGAUCAUCGAUGCCCUGGCUGAGCAGAAAUGUCUGGAUGAGCUGAAGUCAGAGACGUGUGACAUGCCGUGUCAGAUGCAGCUCACUGUGGACUCUAUGCAGCUCAAGUCAACAAUGGAGAUGUCAGUGGAGACAGCGUUGAAUGGACACAUUGUUCCAGAGGUCUCCAUCGAGGGCUAGAGCCACACAGUCUUUAUUCCCCUUUUGUCAUUUUGAGGACUCGGAGUUCUAAAUGGAGUCAGCCAGCCGUUGAGCUUUUUCAUCUUUUUCUUUUUUUUUAGGGCUUGCAACGGAGCCGUCAGGAAAUCGAAGGAAUAUCCACACUUUGAAGUGCCUUUCCUGCACUGGUUUCCCGUCAAAACACCAAACCAGAUGCAACAAAACCCCAAAAAUGCUGCAUUUGAUGCAGCAGAACAGACUGUUAUUAGUUUGCAAAAACGGAAACAAACAUAUCGUGGCUCCUUUUUUUAAAUCUGUUUCUCCCCCAAAGGCAUGUACGGUGAAUUUUGAGCAGCGGAAGCAGACGUUGUUGAGAGAUGGAGAUCCCUAGAGCAAGAUAAACGGCAGCGCCUGGUAUUUCUUAUAUAUUCCUUCCUCUCGAGAACGUCUGCCUCCAUUCUGCAUCUACACUCAAUGCAUGUGAACACUGUAGCAGGGAUGGAAGUGGCUAAUUUGCACUUGGGCCUGUGUUCACACUUUUCUUGUUGUCACAUCUCAGAAUCACAGAUUUUUUUGCUCUUGACCCGUUUACCUGGAGUCGGAGCUUCGAGCCUCUCCCCUCCUCUGUUCUCCUCUCUGCCUCCUGAGAGCCACUGCUUACAUUAGUCCGAUGCUUAAAAACGAGGGUUUUCUGGCGCCAGUGGCCUCUGGGAAAAUGGCGGCUGUGGAGGGAGGAACUCGAGGUGUUUAUUUUUUUUUUUUGCCUUCCCCCCCUCACUUUCUUCUUUUUUAAUUUUUGUAUAGAACAUAUGAUGUGAUACAGUUGUGUUCGAAGUCUGUAAUCUGGCUGUUUGAUGGUCUGACUAAAUCCAACUUUGAAAUAAAGCUGUAGUUCAUCGUGA